CUGUAUUCGCAAAUCAUCCUCCAAAAUCCAAAAUCCACUUCCACUUCUCAAAUUAAUCCCACCCCAUUCCCUAUCGGGCCACUCCUUCAUUAAUCAACAGCUCCGCCGCCGCUUUGGCCUCUCUCUCUCUCUCCGAGAUGGCGAAACCCGCCACCGCUGCCACUUCCUCUCUCUUCCAAACCCUAAAACGCUUCAUCAAGAAGCCCUGGGAGAUAACCGGGCCAUGCGCCGACCCGGAAUACCGAUCCGCCGUACCCAAUGCUCUUGAUUACCGUAUCCACUGCCCUGCUACCCCCAAGGUCUUGCCCAUCGUGCCCACAUCGGACCCAGAAACGGUAUACGACAUCAAGUAUUACACUCGCGAUCAGCGCCGUAAUCGACCUCCAAUUAAACGCACCGUCUUGAAGAAGGCUGAUGUGGAGAAGAUGAUGAAGGAGAAGACCUUCGACGUUGUGACUGAUUUCCCUCCCGUUUAUUUGACUGCGAAAGUUGAAGAGGACUACAACGCUCGAGGAGGUGGCUACCAAAAAUAAAAAUUGGUUUUCUUGGAUUGUGGCAAAAGCUGCAUGCUUCACCUUAGUGUUAAUAUAUCUUUUCUAUCCACUGAAGAGGUUUAAUCUUGGUUCUCCUGCAGUUUAAAGACUCUGGAAAUUGACAUCAAUAAGAGUAUUUGUUCGUACGUUUUUGUUUAGUAUUGUUUAUGUAUGUGUAUAAAAUCCAAAUGCAACAGCUGUUUGGAGGAUGAAUGAUGCAUGUCAUAUGUGAAACAUCACUUAAUUUUCUUUGCA